AUGCCGCAGGUAUACUCACGAGGUAGAAUCAGUGUAUUUGGGAUGGAUAAUGACAAAGAUAAAGGGAGUAUAGGGAGUAUAAAUCUGUCCAUCCGAAAAAUCCCCAUAUGGAAGUGGUUUAUCGGUGCACUGUUGGUAUGUGUGGUCGUGUACACCAAUACAUACGCUGCAGAGGACAACACCGUCGCUGUACAGAAUAUACCUGUACGCGCAGACAAUGUAAGUAUACAUGAUAGUAAUCCUGCACACCCAGACAAUAUAGAGAAAGGUUACACUAGUGGCGAGGUCAACGUAUUGGAUAACAUGGAAACACACAACGCCAUGCUUAUGCGUAGUAAUCCUCUAAAGAAAGAUACCGAACCCCUGAAAGAUAUUGCUACAAGCAGUUUCUCAAUGGACAUACCUGCUUUACCAAGGAAACGCACAGUGGGUGGUAUGAUCACCCCAGCAGCCGACCCAUGCAAUAGUGCUGCGACUCAGGAGAACCUGUUAACAGAUAAAUACACGCUUAUUAUGCUGGUGCACGGAUGGACCAAGUGGGAACAGUUCAUACGUGACAUCACACCCAGGGAUGCCCCGAGACUUGAGCAGGUAAUGCAAAAGCGACUUUGUGUAUAUGGAUAUGAAGUGUUUAAAACAGUGUACUAUAUGUAA